ACUAUUUCGUGACUGCAAAGAAAAAAGGCUCUAUAUUUGUCGAAGCUGGGCUUUCUCUGUGGCAUACUUGAAAAGAAACACAAGGGAAAAGUCCCAAUAAUCAAAAUCAAAGCAACAGAAUGAGCAGCAUAGGAACAGGCUACGAUCUGUCCGUCACUACAUUUUCUCCCGAUGGUCGCGUUUUCCAGAUCGAGUACGCCGCCAAAGCUGUCGAUAACAGCGGGACUGUCAUCGGAAUUAAAUGCAAAGAUGGGAUUGUUAUGGGAGUGGAGAAGUUAAUUGCAUCGAAGAUGAUGUUACCUGGUUCUAAUCGAAGAAUCCACUCUGUUCAUCGUCAUUCCGGCAUGGCUGUUGCAGGAUUAGCAGCUGAUGGGAGACAAAUUGUUGCACGGGCAAAGUCUGAAGCCACAAACUAUGAAAGUGUGUAUGGUGAGCCAAUUCCUGUGAAAGAACUUGCUCAACGAGUUGCUAGUUAUGUGCAUCUAUGUACUCUAUAUUGGUGGCUCAGACCUUUUGGAUGUGGGGUAAUUCUUGGAGGUUAUGACCGAGAUGGGCCACAAUUGUACAUGGUUGAGCCAUCUGGUGUUUCCUAUAGGUAUUUUGGUGCUGCAAUUGGUAAAGGCAGGCAGGCAGCCAAGACAGAGAUUGAGAAGUUGAAACUUUCUGAGUUGACCUGCCGCGAAGGCGUUAUUGAAGUAGCUAAGAUUAUUUAUGGAGUGCAUGAUGAGGCAAAGGACAAGGCUUUUGAAUUGGAAAUGAGCUGGGUCUGUGACGAGUCAAACCGCCAGCAUCAAAAGGUUCCGGAUGAACUUCUGGAGGAAGCUAAGGCAGCAGCUAGAGCAGCAUUGGAGGAGAUGGAUGCGGAUUAGUGCUGCAGAGCUCUUAUGUUUGUUUAGAGUUUCAUGGUAUUUGUUUUGUUGAAACCACUACAAAAAAAAUAUGUGUAUGGAGUAGAUUGGCGAAUUGGUGGGAUUGAUGGUGACAGUGGACUUCAGUUUAGUUUAUUAUGAGUCACCAAAAUUUUGGUGCCUUAGUAAAAAGAAGAAAAGAUGUCAACCCGUUUUGUUGGUACUACUGCUUAUUCCAUGAGUUGUGGAGGAUAUCCACAUGGUCUCUACUUCUUCA